GGCUGGGUAGGACGGACGCCUGGUGCUGAGAGCGGGAGGGACUAUUUGUCGGAGCGCAAGCAGCGCGGCAACACACACGUACUCAGAAGAGUGAGUCAACCCCCGAUACAGGGGAGCAUAUUUGACCUGUUUUAGAAACUGUUUACGGGAUUAAACUGAAGAGGACUUUUUUUGUUGUUGAAAAAACAAAACAAGAAUCGGACGCUCGAGGAGGAGUUUUUUCACCCCCACCACCAUCUGCAACCUCAUUAAAUCCCCGGCAUAUUUCGGAGCGAACGACGCGGACCAUGGCGAGACAAGGUGUCCGAAGUGGACAAGACUGCGCUAAAGUCAUGCUUUUGCUGCUCGCCUCGACUCUUGCACAACACGGGGCGUCAGGUCAGCAAGUGAAGGUGGAGCCGGAGGUGUUGUCGUAUCCGGGUCAGACGGUGAACCUGCGCUGUGCCUUCGCGGACACCACGGGGAUCCAGCUCACAAUGGUCACGUGGAGCUACGAGGACAAAGAAGGAGAGAGGAUGAACAUCGCCGUGCUGCACCCGUCCCAUGGUCCAAACUACCCCGACUCGCCUCUCAAGGGCAGGGUGCACUUCACGCAGAGCCCCCCCACGAUGGCCAGCCCCUCCAUCCAGAUCGACGACGUUUACAUGACGGACGAGGGGAAGUACAUCUGCGACUUUGCGUCCUACCCCGGUGGCAGUAAGCAGGGCACCACCCAGCUGAUCAUGCUAUCGAAACCCCAGAACUCGGCCACCACCAUAACCGUGGACGCGGCCACCAAAUCUAUGGUUGUGGCGCGCUGCGAGUCUCUCAACGGCCGCCCCGAAGCGCAGAUCCGCUGGGUGUCCACCGCCAACGGCAACGCCACCACGACGUCCAAGCUGGGCACCGACAACACCGUGUCCAUCACCAGCGAGUACCGCAUGGUUCCCACGCCGGAGGACAACGGUAAAGACAUCAGCUGCGUGGUGUCGCAUCGGACACAGGCCACACCGGAGAGCUUCCAGAUGAAACUUAAAGUUCAAUUUGCGCCCCAGGUGACCAUAGUGGGUUAUGACAAUAAUUGGUACGUGGGUCGUACAAAUGUGCUGCUUACCUGCCAAGCUACUGGGAACCCGGUUCCGACAACCGUCCAAUGGAAGGCUAUGACAGGUGAGAUGCCAGAAACUGUCCAGAUCAAAGACAACCAGUUGAAGGUCCUCAAGGUGGACGAGAGCAUUAACACCACUUUUGUCUGCGAGGUCAAGAACCGCAUCGGCGUGGGCAGACACCAAAUCACGGCGUUGGUCAGAGAGCCUUCAGAGAACCCAUCCAAUGUCGGCGUGGUGGCGGGGGCCGUGAUCGGCUCCCUGCUGGCCCUGCUUUUGGUCGCCGCCCUCGUGGCCGUGCUGGUCACUCGUAGCCGCCGGCAGCAGCAGGGCUACCGCACCAACGACCUCAAGACGCGCAUUUUCGGCGGCGGCAAGAAGGCCAGCAAGAACGGCACGAGCGGGGGCGGUGUCGGCGGCGGCGUGGGCAACAACAACGGCCCCAUCUACGUGUACAACGACGGCUCGUCCCACCAGGGUCUCGGGGAGAAGAACAACCACGGGCCCCUGGGCGUUGGGGGGCGGCCCGAGGGGCUCUCCAGCGCGCCCACCGCCCAGGACAUCCUGCUCAGCAGCGAGCUGGACGACGCGGAGAGGAGAAAGUUCGACGAGCUCGAGGAAGAGGAGCGGUACGAUCACUUCGCCGGGGGCGCCCCCAUCCUGCAGCUGCGCCCGCCCAACGACCAGGACGAUAUGAUCGGAGACUACCUGGAUGAUGACAUGGAGUCCCAGCGGGAUGGUUCCGUCAUUUCUCGAACUGCUGUUUACGUAUAAAGCAGGAAGAGGAGGAGGAGGAGGAGGAGACAAAAGGGAGAAAAAAAAAUGUCCUGCGGAUUUUUGUGGCUCUGUCGGCUGGAGAUGCGAGAAUGAAACCACUCUUUAUUUUUCAAAAAUGUAUUUUACGUAUACGCUAUUAUUAAUCACAGUGUAGCCCCGGUGGACUGGAGGAGGGUGUUUGUGGUAGGAAUCUUGUGAGUGGAGUGUUUGCUGUUUGUUUUUCAUACCGGCCCUGUUAAAAACUACAACUGGGAACAUUCGAAGUGAAACUAUCACAUGGACGCUCAGAAAAAAUCACAGAGAGGAACCACAGCGUGUGGAGGAGCAUUAACGGCAUCCUGAUACAAGCUACAGAGGGCGUCUCUCGCUUCCUUCCGCGUUCUCUUAUCUUCUCCGUUCAAGUCGAGACGGGUUGUCAUGCCGAUGUUGAGGUCGCCUGUGGGAAACCUUUUUUUUUCCCCCUGAGUUGUGCUGUGGCAAGGGGCGGGGUAGUUGGUAGCUAGUGAUGGGUGUGAAAGUGAAUUGAAGUAUGGCGUCUAACACCCGUUUAUUUUCCCCAAGCUCCCAAAUCACUGCUGGCAUCGUCUGUCACAGUUGCGUUGAUACGAAUUUUACUAAAAUCCUGACAUAUUUUACUUAGCUAGAGUAGGGAUUCAUGUUUUUUUCAUUUCAUUGACAUGGCUAAACGAGAAAUUUCAGACCGAAUAACUCUCAAAGGCUUACCCAACAUCUAAAACUGAGCACUUUCCAAACCUUUCUAUCAUGUUAAAGUAGCAAUGAUUGUCACACACACACUAGGUGUGGUGAAAUUUGUCCUCUGCAUUUGACCCUUCCCCUUGUUCACCCCCUAACAAGGGGACGGUACUGCGCCCGGGAAUAAUUUUUGGUGAUUUAACCCCCAAUUCCAACCCUUGAUGCUGAGUGCCAAGCAGGGAGGUAACGGGUCUCAUUUUUAUAGUCUUUGGUAUGACUCGGCCUGAACUCACAACCUACCGAUCUCAGGGCGGACACUCUAACCACUAGGCCACUGAGUAGGUUAUUUCCAGUUCUGUAUGAGUCUUACCAGAACAAAAAGGGGGUACGGUGAAGUCCACUUGGCAGUUUUUGGAGUUAGUAUAAGUCCCAUGCGUCUAAAGAAGAUGUUCUAAAUCAGAUUACAAUCAGGCAUUGAACAGUUUGAUGGUUAUGUGUGUGGUGUCCAACAAUCAUCUCAACACAGCACACCACACACUUAACUAUUCUGUCCCACCACCAAGGCAGACUCUCGUCCUCCAAGCCCCAAAUCUCACGUGAACAAACUCGAUCUAACAAAAUCGAAGAAGAAACAUCGCAACAACCAGAAAACAGGCAAUGUAUAAGAAGAGGGACUUAUGGUGUUUUUGGGACUGUUUUUGAAAGAAAAGACAGACUUUAUAAUCGACUGGGCAAGCUCGAGGUGUGUACAUGCUCACUGCUUUUCUAGCUUCUUGAUUAGCUACUUUCCGUACCACGUCACAAUUUCCGAAGCCAUGACUCGGGUGGCGUUUGCUUUCCCCACGGACGUGAUCAGUUUUGGUUGUCGGCACAGACCCGUUUGAGACGGUUAUCGUGACAAAUUCACUCAACACACCUCAGACCACAGGACAAUCUUAUGAGACAACUCUAUAAGACAUUAGAUAAUCAGGUGUUGGCCAUCUUUGAUCAGAAGGGGUAAAAUUGAGACAAACCGGCCCAAUUGUCCUUGCGUGUUCUCCGCUUUUAGGGUAUUCUGCUAAACCUUUACAAAAGUUAAAGUACCAAUGAUUGCCACACACACAUUAUUGUCUGGGUUUGACCCAUCACCCUUGAUCACCCCCUGGGAGGUGAGGGGAGCAGCGGGCAGCAGCGGUGGCUGUGCCCGGGAAUAAUUUUUGGUGAUUUAACCCCCAAUUCCAACAGUCACUUGUUCUGCCCUGUUGUGUUAAAAGUCCGACAACUGUCUUGAUUUUGUGACAUCAGAAUGUGACAAAAGUCAAUCAAUCAAAGUUUAUUUAUAUAGCCAUUAAUCACGAGUGUCUCAAAGGGCUGCACAAGCCACGACGACAUCCUCGUCUCAGAUCCCACAUCAGGGCAAGAAAAAACUCAAAAGUGCCUCCUUUCCCAUUGGGUUCUGUAUAAAAGGCACAUACAGUACCGUAUUUUCCGCACCAUAAGCCGCCCUGGGUUAUAAGCCGCGCCUUCAAUGAACAGCAUAUUUCAAAACUUUGUCCACCUAUAAGCCGCCCCGUGUUAUAAGCCGCAUCUAACUGCGCUAAAGGAAUGUCAAAAAACAGUCAGAUAGGUCAGUCAAACUUUAAUAAUAUAUUAAAAACCAGCGUGAUGUGGGCGCGCAUGGAGUCGUAUAUCAACAUGGACAGAGCUGCGUGAAAAAAGCCACCCGGCCUCUUCGCGUAAACUUACCUUAACCACUCGCUCAUCUUUUCUUCAUCCAUCCAUCCCUUCGAGUUAGCUUUUAUGAUGACGCCGGCUGGUAAGGUCUCUUUUGGCAAGGUCUUCCUUU